AUGGUGCCCGCGCGGCCCCGCGUGAAGAGCGAGUACAUGAAGCGCUUCAAGGAGCCCAAGUGGGAGUCGUGCGGCCCCUGCUACCAGGAGCUGCUGCACUACCGUCUCAGCCGCCGCCUGCUGGAGCAGGCGCACCGGCCCUGGCUCUGGGACGGCUGGGAGCCUGACAGCAGCGGCAGUAGCGCUGGCUCCCCCUCGCCCCCCAGCGCCAGCUCCCCGGCCGCGCAGGAGGCGGCAGCGCCAAGCGCGCCCGGUCCCGGCGGCAGCAGCCGCGUUGGGGAGUUGGGAGCAGCGGGGAAGGCGAGCCCGGCGGAGCCCCUGCGCGCAGCGGAGAAAGAAACAGAGGGAGACAGCCAAGAAAAAGUUGCAGAACAGACAUUGGUAAAAGAAACUGACAAAUCAACCAGCCAUACAGGACAACAUCCAAAUCGAAGUGCCUUGUCCAGUCGGAACGAUCAAAGAUCCGCUAAAAGCCCUCAAAGGACAGAUGCAGCAAAGGAGCAUAAACAUCCAUUUGCUUUAUAUGGCUGGGGAGAAAAACAUACAGAUACAGGGAGCCAGAAAACUCACAACGUUUGUGCUUCUGCUUCAGUGCAUGAAAUUCAUGAGUCUGCACUACGAGCAAAGAACAGAAGGCAAGUGGAGAAAAGGAAGUUGUCUCAAAAGCGAGUGCGCUCUGCAGAUGUGGAUCGAACCUGGAGAGUAAAGCCUUCCCUGCCAGAUAAUCCCUGGAUGACUGAGUACAUGAGAUGCUACUCAGCAAGAGCUCGGUGAAUCAAAACUUGCUUGGACAUCUUUCUAAAUUAAAAAAUAUUUAUAUUAGAUCAGGACAUUGGUGCAAACGACUUAUGCAAGGUUUUUAUAGGGGGUUUCCAGCAGUCUGUUAUAAUUGUUUGUAUUUUGGCUACCUACCUCAUCAGUAGAGUGUAGAGCUGGAGCCAUAACAUUUGAAGAUGUUUUUAAAUAUAGUUCCUUAAAUUUUUAAAUAUUUCUCCUUUUCUGAAGUCUUUUUACGAGGCAUUUCAAUGGACCUUUUGAGACGAUGAUUUCAAAAUACUGAAAGUCUAAGUAAAUUUUUCAAAAUCUUUUUUAGAAUUGGUUCAUUUCACAAACUUUCAACUGCCCCUUAAAAAAAAGGGGGGGGGGCUUAACUCAAAUCAUGUGAUCAUGGUGGUGUUGGAAAGCUUUCCUAGGGUGUGGUGUAUGUGCCAUUGCAUUAUUUAAAAUACUUGAUUCAACACCUUCAAAAUACCAUGUAGAUUACAAUAUCCAACCUGGAAGCCAGUGGCUCUGGUACACAAUCUGAGACACAAUGAAUACCGGCCUAAUGAAGACAGCUGUUAGGGGUUGUCUGCUAUAUAUUGGAGACUUUUUAAAAAAACUUGGUAAUAUUUCUCUAAACUUUCAGUAAUUAGUGAAUCAUGCAGAUAUUCUUCAAUUGAGUUUCAUUGCUGUUUUAAAAUGUCAGUGGAAUAGAUUAAUA